AUGAUAAGACAUGCACAAACGACAUCAUCAUCACGACGACAACCCUCGAGAAGAGAGAUGGGUCUCAGACAUCCAGUUCCAACCAAAGAUACUCACUUUGACGAGUCCGAUGAAGCCUACUGUGUUUGCGUGGGUAUGCAAGGUACCAGACCAGAAAUGGAGGACGCUCACAGUUUAAAGCUCAAUAUUCAAAAUGAAUUGAAGACCCUCCAACAAAAGCCUCACUCAUACAAAUCUCUGAACUUUUUCGCUGUUUUUGAUGGACACGCUGGAGAUGAAAGCUCCAAAUUUUGUGCAGAGCACAUUCUUGAAGUUGUUGAUGAGCACUUGGAAAAAUCAGAAGAUUUGGAAUUGACCGACGAUUUGAUUAUUCGCUCCUACUUGGCUCUCGAUGAAAAGUUAAAGACUUGGAUGGAAAAGGUUAAAGGAAUUAGUCCAUUCAACGGAAGUGGUUCAACUGGUAUCACUUGCUUUGUCAAGAUUAGCGAUAAUGAGGUCGAGGCCAUUUGUGCCAACGUUGGUGACUCUCGUUGUGUAUUGUAUCACAAUGGCAAAACUUAUGAAAUGUCCUACGAUCAAAAGCCAAUGAAUGAGGUUGAGAGAAAGAGAAUCGAGGCUGCUGACUGCACAGUCACCAUGAAUCGUGUGAACGGUAACCUUGCUGUUGCACGUGCAUUUGGUGAUUUCCGUUAUAAGGGCAAUGAAAAGAAGAAGCCUGAAGAACAGGCAGUUUGCUGUGUUCCUGAAAUUAUCCGAAAAAAGUUGGAAGGUUUCAAGAGAGGAAACAAAGAGGAUCCAUCCUUUUUGAUUUUGGCUUGCGAUGGUUUGUGGGAUAAAUUCACAAAUGAAGAGGCAACACAAUAUGUCAGAGAGCAAUUCAAAAAGUAUGACAUUUUCAAUGAAACUGAAAUUUCUAGCGAUUUGAUGCAACCAAUCAGGAUUACUUGGUUGAACAAAAAGGUCGAUGAAUGGGACGCCAACGACGUUGAAGGAUGGAUUGAAAGUUUAGGAUCACCAUAUAACAAUUAUUUCUUGAGCAAGUUUAGAAAUGGUUUGGAUUUAAAGCAAGUCAUGUUGCAAGAUGAUAAAUUCAAUCGCUUGAAAGAAACUUUGAGACAUGCAUCAAACUUUGUGGACGAAUUUAAGAAGAAAUUCAUUGAAAGAAAUGAAAUCCAAGAAAAGCCAAAGACUAUUCCAAGAACCACCCGUGAAAAGUUGAUUCAUUUGACUGAACGUAUGGUUGAUUAUGCAGUUUUUGAAAAGAAGAGUGAUGACAACGUUUCUGUGGCCAUCAUUUUGUUCAAGUAA